GUUACCCAUGCAUCUCAAGGUAAAGCACAUCCUGGUCUGGACCUUUGAAUCGUGAUCUAUUGGUAUUCAAUAGCUUUGUCAAAGCAUUGAGCCGUAGCUACCGAAACCUUUGCGAGAUGCUGACCUUGUCCUUCUUCCUCAAUGGCUUGGUGAAAAAGGAACGUAACGAUUAUUUCGAGAUUGCAGACAAUCUUCCUUUCAUGACGGAUAUCAAUGUUGCUCUGGGUCUUGUGGUGAAGCAUUAUCUUGAGCAGACAUUGGACAAUGGAGUGGAUGCCAUGGAUUCGACUGAGAAAACGUUCCCUUCAUGCACCGAAAUCAAAGCUGAUAUGCAAAAGGGAUUCCAGUUUUGGGACAGUGUCAUGGCAGGAGUGAAGACGCUGAAGGAGGCAAAGAGCAUAUCUGAAGUAACUUACACUAUGUUUGUCGAAGCAGACAAUUGGUUGCAGCCUAAGAAACCUUGAAUUGCAAUAAAAACAGUGUGAGUGGGGCAGAUUACCUAGCUGUUUUCUCUCCCCCUCCCCUUUUGAAGAUGAAAAAACAUGCUUUACAGGGUGUGCAGUAAAAAAAAUAAAUGGGGAGACGAGAAGCAUAAAUGGCUGGAUAAAGAAUGAUCGGCUUUGCUUGCCAGGCGGAACUUCAAUCUUCCAUGGCCCACAAUUACGGAUUGCAUUCAACAUCUACAGCAGAG